AUGUUCCGAAGAAAACUGACAGCGUUGGAUUAUCAUAACCCCUCUGGAUUUGACUGCAAAGGUAGCAAUAACAAAGCCACGAUAAACGAGCUAUCUGCUAGUGAAUGACGUGCACUUUCAGAGCCACCCAUGGCCAUGCUCAAAAUAGGUAGCUAUAGCAUCUAGCUAGCUAGUUGUUACCGUACUAUCUUUGAUGUUAAGUCUAAAACAUUUCGAUACAGCCAUGUCUGUAAUAUGUAUGCAUGAUUUGUUUAUAUUAGCAGUGUUUAUGUCAUACAAAAUUAUUAACCUGUGAGUCUUGUUAGGUGGUCAGGUAUUGUACGUUUUGUGCAUUAGCCCAGCUAACUAGCUUUUUGGGAGCUAGCUAAGCCAGAUAGCGUAGCUACUUUACUAACAGAAGUGGAGACAGAACGCAACUGGGUAACGUUAGAUAAUUCGCUAACGUUAGCUAGGCUAGGGGUGGCAUCUGAAAGUGAUUACUCUAUUCCUUGUUGGUAUAUUAUAAGUGAAUAGUCUUAGGAAUUUGACAGAAUCUUCUUAUGUGAAUUUCUGCCGGUUCAAUAUAAAUGUGGUGGGUACUUAUAUUUGUCCUAUUACAUAACACAUUAUAUAUUAUUCCCACUGGCUCCCCAUUUGUUAUAACACAGUCUAUAAUUUAACACAGGAAAUCUAUUAUUACCACUGACACAUAGUUGUGCAGGUCAACUAGCUUUGCAGAGAGUAUAUGUGCGUCUAGUUAUUGUGUCACUGUCUUUAUGUUCUGCUUUGCACAGAUGAGACAGAGUUCAGGAAUUUCAUUGUGUGGCUGGAGGACCAGAAAAUUAGACACUACAAAAUUGAAGACCGUGGCAACCUGAGAAAUAUCCCCAGCUCGGAAUGGGCCAAGUCCUUUGAGCAGGUGAGCAGCAAGGCUAGCUGCAGUUACUGUAUUGAAAACAACCUUGGGUCAGUCAAAGGUCGGUUCAUAUUACAUCCAAGCAAUUACAACCUGUGUUGUGUUCAGGAAGGCGCACUGUAGCAAAACGUUUUGCGACGGAAAAUGAAAAUCUGUGUUCUUUCUUAUUGGGCAACUUCAUGUAGUAUCUCCAUGCUUCAUAACAUUGUCUCCUUACUGAACCAUGGGGCUCUUUUUCCACUUUAUCAAUGUAUCUAGGAGGAUCUGUUCUCUCAACCCCUUCCCUAACUGUUUACAUCAUAGGCAAAACAAUAGAUCCAGUCCAGGGCCACUUUCAGUUGCCAAGUUAUGUCAAGCAUUGCAGAUAGAAAUCCCAUGAAUAGAGCAUACAUAAUAAUAAUAUGCCAUUUAGCAGAUGCUUUUAUCCAAAGCGACUUACAGUCAUAUGUGCAUAAAUUUUUAUGCAUGGGUGGUCCCGGGGAUCGAACCCACUACCCUGGCGUUACAAGCGCCAUGCUCUACCAAUUGAGCUACAGAGGACCGCGUGAAGCCUUGUUCUACAUGUCGGAGAGGCAUGUUUGUUCUACAUGGCAUAUUUCUUUCUGAGCGUUCCAAAACGUUGUGUCCUGCUGAACGCGCCCCAUGAUCAGUCAGUAGGCCUAAUCAUUCUAGAAUGCUGAAAGCAAUCCGAUUUACCGCCCUAAUCACAUAGCUGUGACACACUCUUUUAAUUGGAGAACCUCCAUUGGGGUUGUGAAGUUACCAUCCCAUUUCCUGUCCAGGAAGCACCCUCUCGCUACCAACUGCCAUUUUUUAGAAAGAGGCGAGAACAGGAUUUUUUAUUUAUUUAUCUAGGCAAGUCAGUUAAGAACAAAUUCUUAUUUACAAUGACGGCCUACCCCAUCCAAACCCUCCCGUAACCCGGACGAUGCUGGGCCAAUUGUGUGCAGCUCUAUGGGACUCCUGAUCAUGGCCGGUUGUGAUACAGCCCGGGAUCGAACCCGGGUCUGUAGUGACGCCUCUAGCACUGCGAUGCAGUGCCUUAGACCGCUGCGCCACUCGGUCCCCAAAGGAGGAAAGACUAUUGAGACAUAGCACGUCAGUGCUUGCACCAGAAACCUUUGUCUCUCCAGGCUUGAAUAGUUCCCCAGUGUGAUGAGUCUGGACAGUAAAGGUUCCUCUGGGAUAAGGCAUGCUGCUCAAGGAGAAUCUACCAUUUUUUUUCAUGAAAUGUGAAUGGCGGCAUCUAAAAACAAUUGUUCAGCCAUGUCUCACCUGGGGUGUAUUCAAUAGGAACCAAACGGAAGCAAACAGGAUGAAACAGGGAGGGACCUACGUGCAUUUGUCCAAUAAACGCUUCUUUUAGUUUUUACGGUGAGCACUGAUGAAUAGACAAGAGCUCUGAAACAAAGAGCUACCCAAUGAGAGCUAGUAACGACACCACUCCGAUGGAAGUUAACCAUUUGACGAAGAUUGUAUCACGGUUAUGGUCCCAGGAACCUCGUAUUCACGGUACCCUGGGUCAUGUUCAGUAAGGCACACUGUGGCAAGUUUUCUCCCUACUGAACAUGAGCUUGAUUCUCUGUUUCCUACGCAGUAUCUUCAAGAUGUGAACUGCCCAUUCACUGUCCAAGAGAGACCGGAGUCGGUAGACUGGUUGCUGGGUCUAGCAGUUCGGUUCGAGUAUGGCGACAAUGGUACUGUACCAUCCAUUUCCGCCUUAUAUCUCUUGAUUUAUUGAAGGGACUAGUGUUAUUUUCCUUGUGUGAUUCGGUGCCCAUUGUGUGUACUUGGGCUGCUUGGGGCAUAUUACUACUUUCAAUGUAUUGUUGUGGUGAUGCGUUGUUCAGCCACUAGAUGGUAGCAUUGUAUUAACAGUGGCAACUUUGACAGCUUGGGCUGCUCCACCAUAAGGGAUAAUCUAGUUGUGGUUCCACCCUCUGUUGCCAUACACUGUAUUGUCAGUGAACAGGAAUGUUAAAUGACUGUGCUUACACACUAUUAAAGCAAGUCUUUGUUGUAAAAGCAGUUAAGUCGUAGUAGUAUUAUUUAAUAAGUGGGGGGCAUUGACUAAGUGGUCACUGUCUGGUUGUUGUAUGUCCCACUGGCUCCCCAGUUGAGAAGUACAAGAACUGCCCGCCAGCCACGGCCACCGAGGCGGAGAAACCCUUGGAUCCCCUCAUCCAUCUGGACAGUGAGCGAAACCACUCUUUCAUCUCUUCCUCUAAAUGCCUAUCCUCCUCUCCCCUUACCUCUCUGCUCAUCUAUCUCAUCCCCUCUUCACUCCUCUUCCUCUGUCCCUGAUGUUCUGUGAUAAAAUCAUCUGAUUAAAGAAACCAGCGUGCAACGUAGUACUGAAGUGGGUUAGCGCAACUGUGUCUGGCCCAGACCACCAGACUGAUUACACACACACACACUGCUGCGCACGCACACAGCAACCUACCACUGCUAUGGGAAUGUAGAGGCUGACAGUGGUGACUAGAAACGUUGGAUACCUCAGGCUCAUGUGGUGCCUCACGUAGUCUUUCACUAGCUGCCCUACUAGCGUAGGAGCCAUUUUUUGGUUUGCUUUAUGCUCAUUAUGACCUACCUGGUCUGGACUUAUACAGUGAAAUGCCUUUCUGGCAAGCUCUUUCACAAAAAUGCAGUAAUCAAUAUCUGUAGUACUAUAAAGUCAAGUAGAACAAAAACACACAAGGAAUAGAAAUAAGAAAAACACGAGAAAGUAAGCUACUGUAUAUACAGAUGGUGUUCUGAAUGGCGCCGGAGGAGAUGGCUGCCGUUUUACGGGCUCCUAACCAAUUGUGCUAUUGUGUGUGUUUUUCCCGCAUUAUUUUGUACAUAAUGUUUCUGCCACCGUCUCUUAUGACCGAAAAGAGCUUCUGGAUAUCAGGACAGCGAUUACUCACCUCGUACUGGACGAAGAUUUUUUCUUUAACAAGUCGUACGUGAAGGAUUUUCUUCAGACACCCGACAAGGCCCAAAUUCCUGUAAUUCGCAUGAGAAAGAGACGGAGAUAUCGGGGAUGUAGGUCGGGGUGCCUUGUAAGGAUCUGACGGCAAGUAGGUAAUCUGCCUCUACCAUCAGUCCUAUUAGCCAAUAUACAAUCAUUGGAUAACAAAAUAGACGAACUAAGAUCACGGAUAUCCUACCAACGGGACAUUAAACACUGUAAUAUCUUAUGUUUCACCGAGUCAUGGCUGAACGACGACAUAACACAGCUGGCGGGAUAUACGCUGCAUCGGCAAGAUAGAACAGCUGCCUCCGGUAAGACAAGGGGUGGCGGUCUGUGUAUAUUUGUAAACAACUAAAUUUAAUAUUAAGGAAGUCUCAAGGUUUUGCUCGCCUGAGGUAGUGUAUCUCAUGAUAAACUGUAGACCACACUAUUUACCAAGAGAGUUUUCAUCUAUAUUUUGUGUAGCUGUCUAUUUACCACCACAAACCGAUGCUGGCACUAAGACCGCACUCAAUGAGCUGUAUAAUGCCAUAAGAAAACAGGAAAAUCAAAAACUAAAGCAGGAAGCACCAGUGACUCGGUCAAUAAAGAAGUGGUCAUAUGACGCAGAUGCUAAGCUACAGGACUGUUUUGCUAGCACAGACUGGAAUAUGUUCCGGGAUUCUUCCGAUGGCAUUGAGGAGUACACCACAUCAGUCACUGGCUUCAUCAAUAAGUGCAUUGAUGACGUCGUCCCCACAGUGACUGUACAUACAUACCCCAACCAGAUGGAUUACAGGCAACAUCUGCACUGAGCUAAAGGGUAAAGCUGCCGCUUUCAAGGAGCGGGACUCUAACCCGGAAAUCCCGCUAUCCCGACAAACCAUCAAACAGGCAAAGCAUCAAUACAGGACUAAGAUUGAAUCGUACUACACCGGCUCCAACGCUCGUCGGAUGUGGAAGGGCUUGCAAACUAUUACAGACUACAAAUGGAUGAAGAGCUAAAUUACUUCUCGCUUCGAGGCAAGCAACACUGAAGCAUGCAUGUGUGCAUCAGCUGUUCCGGACGACUGUGUGAUCACGCUCUUCGUAGCCGAUGUGUGUAAGACCUUUUAAACAGGUCAACAUUCACAAGGCCGCAGGGCCAGACGGAGUACCAGGACGUGUACUCCGAGCAUGCGCUGACCAACUGGCAAGUGUCUUCAAUGACAUUUUCAACCUGUCCCUGAUUUGAGUCUGUAAUACCAACAUGUUUCAAGCAGACCACCAUAGUCCCUGUGCCCAAGAACACAAACCUGCCUAAAUGACUACCGACUCGUAGCACUCACGUCUGUAGCCAUGAAGUGCUUUGAAAGGCUGGUCAUGGCUCACAACAACACCAUUAUCCCAGAAACCCUAGACCAGGGUUCUUCAAUUCCGGUCCUGGAGGGCCAAAACACUUCUGUUUUUUUAUUUCUACCUGGUAGUUAAUUGCACUCACCUGGUGUCCCAGGUCUGAAUUAGCCCCUGAUUAGAAGGAGAGGGGAGGAGGUCAGAGACCUGGCCGUGUGGUGCCAGGAUAACAACCUCUCCCUCAACGUGAUCAAGACAAAGAGGACCGAGCACACCCCCAUUGACAUCGACUGGGCUGUAGUGGAGCAGAAUGAGAGCUUUGAGUUCCUUGGUGUCCACAUCACCAACAAACUAUCAUGGUCCAAACACACCCAAGACAGUCGUGAAGAGGGCACGACAAAGCCUAUUCACCCUCAGGAGAAUGAAAAGAUUUGGCAUGGGUCCUCAGAUCCUCAAAAAGUUAUACAGCUGCACCAUCGAGAGCAUCCUGACUGGUUGCAUCACUGCCUGGUAUGGCAACUGCUCGGCCUCCGACCGCAAGGCACUACAGAGGGUAGUGCGUACAGCCCAGUACAUCACUGGGGCCAAGCUUCCUGCCAUACAGGACCUCUAUAACAGGCGGUGUCAGAGGAAGGCCCUAAAAAUGGUCAAAGACUCCAGCCACCCUAUUCAUAGACUGUUCUCUCUGCUACCGCGCGGCAAGCGGUACCGGAGCGCCAAGUCUAGGUCCAAAAGGCUUCUAAACAGCUUCUACCCCCAAGCCAUAAGACUCCUGAACAGCUAAUCAAACGGCUACCCGGACUAUUUGCAUUGUUCUAUUCCCUCUUUUACGCUGCUGCUACUCUCUGUUUAUUAUCUAUGCAUAGUCACUUUAACUCUACCUACAUGUACAUAUUAUCUCAAUUACUUAGACUCACCUGUGCCCCCGCACAUUGACUCUGUACCGGUACCCCCUGUAUAUAGCCUCGCUACUGUUAUUUUACUGCUGCGCUUUAAUUUCUUAAUUUUUUAGUUAUACAUUUUUUACUUAACACUUAUUUUUCUUAAAACUGCAUUGUUGGUUAAGGGCUUGUAAGUAAGCAUUUCACUGUAAGGUCUAUAACAGUUGUAUUCGGUGCAUGUGGCAAAUACAAUUUGAUUUGAAAAAUGCCAUAUUUACAAUGUGCAGGGAUACUGGAGUGGUAGGGGUAGAUGUGUAAGGGGACUAAGGUAACUGGGUGUGUUCCCUUCUUGCUCCUCAAGGCAACAACCCAGACUUUAAGGCUGGCGUGAUGGGCCUGGCUAACAUGCUGAAGAUCCAGCGUCACGACGACUACCUGGUCAUGCUGAAGGUGAGAACCAGUUGCAACCAAGCACCAUGUCUAUGAAGUGGGACAGACUUACUAAUGCCCUUUUUACACUACUGAUCCAGGUCGUGCCGAGCGGUAGUGCGAUGGCCUGGUUACGCACCCACCAUAGUAACUGGAACCUUGCUGGAAAGGACAAUGUAAAAUGAAAAUAUCAGAGCCCGUACGGUUCGGAUCAGCGCUAUACUGUGGAAAGGGUUUUACUCAUUUCUUAUGACCAUGUUGGAAAUGACGACCCUGUGCAGAUUUCAGACUUGUGCAGAUUUGGUAGCAAUGGUGUGGUUAUUUCACUUCUCUAACAGGCUAUAAGGAUCCUCAUCCAAGAGAGGCUGACCCCAGAAGCCAUAGCCAAGGCCAGCCAGUCUAAAGAGGUGAGCUACUGCGGCAGAUCCACCCGCCUACACAUUUAGGCCUCAUCAAAAUGCCAAAGGUUUUAAAACGUGAUCCGAAAUAGUGCCCACAAUACUUCAGAACUGGGUCCAAACAGGAUGGGUUUUUGUAUUUUUGGGACCAUUUGCACAAGGCAAGCUCACUCAAGUGCACUCUGAACUCUCAGGACACAUUACUGUAUGAAACAUCACAGAGUACUGGUUUAGGAUCCAUUUUGCCUUUUAGAUCACAAAUAAUAAUAUGAUAUGGACAGGGGUGGGGACACUCCUACUCUUAUACGCUUGAUGAUAAAUAGAGCCUCAGAGUGUGAUGGGUAAGGCCUGUGUGCAGUGGUCUGGAAGUCGUCUCCGUGGCUAUGCUAUUUUAAGAGGACGGCUAUAUAUUGGCACUUCCUGUGUCCCCUAAUUGCUGUGAUGUAUCUCUUCCUGUUUCUGCCUCCUCCUCAAGGGUCUCCCUGUGGCCUUGGACAAGCACAUCCUCGGCUUUGAUACCGGAGGUGAGUGCUCGCAGUCGAGUAUUUGAAGUAAUACACACGGGGCACAUUUCAAACGGCAGUGUGUUAUCCUUCAUAUCCUCAUGAAGGGACUAUAGUCCCUAAAUGACAUUUUGAAGUGCUUCUGUAACUGCAAAUGCUUACGCUGUCAAUUCCCUGUGUUCUUGUCCCCAAGACGAUUAUUAUAAUCUUAAUGGGCUCCACACAUUGAUAGAUUUUUAUUUGACAAUUUAAAAACACAAUACAACCAUAAAUGUGGACACAAUGCAUUUAAGUAAAAAAUGUAUUUCCAUUGUGGUCCUCUUCAAACAUGUUACACAAUCACAGCUAAAAGCUGAAUUGCAGUAAACCUCACAUGGCCCAAAUAAUUAAACACUGCAAUGACCAAAACAUAACACAUUUGAAUAGUCCUCCAGAUGACAGUGGUUGCUCUUUCCUUGGGAAUAGCUUGCAGAACUAGCCAGCCAGCGUGCUUCACUGUCCAAACCGCAUUGGUUGUGACCACUUGCGAGUAGCCUGGCUCCGCCUUGCAAAUCUUUCCACUGCUUAGCCACCCUCACUGAGUUGAAUCGCCUCCCGUUGCUCCUCAGCCCGAGUAAUCUCCAGUGGUGUUCUCCUGGCUGACUGGUCUCCCAGUCCCAAUGUAGCAGGCUUCCAUUACAGCGCCAUGAUUCAGCACAGAGUCCAGUCUGUCCAAGCAGCCCGAAACCACAGAGGAAAUCCCUGGCAUGAGCUCCCCAAGGACAGCAUGUUCAAAUCAAAACUGCAUCGCGAAAGCUAGCUGUAAAGCUAGCUAGCAGUGCAAUCGAUCUAAUAAUGGAUUUACUGUGUUAUUGAAAAUUAACAGAUUUCAGAUCACCAGAUUUACAUGAUCUCUAUCUAAUUAUCUUCCUAAAGCAAUAGUUUGCAGAAAAAUAAUAUAACAAAAUGAACAAUACAUUUUCAGGGGCUAACAGCCCAGCUAGGCUGCCCCCUAGGGCACCAUAGCAAAUCCAUUCUGUCCUAUUGAUAUGAUUGUAAUGGAAUUGAUCUUGACUACUGUUGAUGUAAUACUCGGUAGGAUUGCUUGGGUGGCUAGGGCCAUCACAUAGUCAAGAUCUGAUCCAGAUCUGUUGGAGAUGCAUGCGGGCAAAGGAAACGACAUGGAACGUGUCAUUGUGGAGACUAGUGUCAUUUCCCUGUGAACCACUUUGUUUGAAGUGGCCUGUCGUGUCAACAUAAUAUCAGGCUAUGUCAGUGCAGGGGUUGUACAUACUUGCCGAGAGGGGUGUAUGUAUGUAAGUGUUUCUUUUUACGGCUCACUACAAAGAUUAAAUAUGGCUUUUUUUAACCCAGCAUUGACAAAGGGAAAACAAAAGCACAAUUGCAUGCGUCGUUCAUCCUGUCAACAUGUGGUCCUACAUUCAUACAAUAAUUCAUCUGUGACCUCAGUCGCUGAUCACUUACUGAGCAUAAUCUCGUGUUGUGGAACACGGCCUCUUAGUGAUGUGCUGCUCCUUUCUCUGCAGACGCCACCCUGAACGAGGCGGCUCAGAUCCUACGUCUGCUCCACAUCGAGGAGCUGCGAGACCUGCAGACCCGGAUCAACGAGGCCAUAGUAGCCGUCCAGGCUAUCAUCGCAGAUCCCAAAACAGACCACCGCCUGGGCAAGGUCGGCAGAUGA